CGAACGCGGGUCACUCGGGGUCACGCUGCUGACAUGGAGGGAGGGUGAGUAAGCAAGCUCGUGUUUUCUGAGUCAUCAGCCACAGUUUUAAUUUAUCUGUUCCAGCCAAGCCUCAGAUUCAGGAGCCAAGAGAACAACAGAUAGUACAGACGAGCUAUGCCUGCAGAUUGGACCUACUGUAGGCCCAGGCACUACUAGGACUCCCUUGUUAGAACAUACAUGUCCGGUUGGCCAUGGUGACUGGUGACUACUACCGGUAUUAGUGUGUUGUCACUAGAGGACUGAAGGACAAAAAUAAAACGUUGAAAACAGGAGACAACUACGCAAAGAAGAAGAUCAUGUCGGCUUCGUUACGACUGUCGAAACCCGUGCUGCUUAUAUUCUUCACGUAUUCAAGCCUCCAGUGUUUAUCAGUGUCAGCAGCUGAGAACUCCAAGCUCAAGAGCUCUGCCCAGGCUGUUACAAGUUCUGAAGAAUGCUGGCUGCAGGAGAAAUAUGAAGUAGUUGAAAAAUGCAGACCGUGCAAACAGUUUGAACUGACCAGUAACUCUAUCCCUGUGUGCUCUGUGACGGGAUAUGUGGAGAAAGUAUCUUGCAAGAGUUCAGGAGAGGUUUACAGAAGUUGCCACAACAUGAGAGCUGAGGAAAGAGCCUUCUGGACGUUUGAGGGGGUCUGGUUCGGUGUGUUUGUCGCUGGAUACAUCGCAGUUUUUCUUCGGCAAAGAAUUCUGGAUGGUGCAGCAACAGCCAAAGUACACAAACAGAUUGCAAAUAGUGUAUGACACAACGAGACCUACAAUGUACGAUCAAUGAUAACUUGUGCAGAUAUAUUUGUACAAAUAGCUGUUCCUAUCAAUCUUGUACAUUCAAAACAGAAAUUGAGCUUCGGUCUUUUUUGGUUUUUCAUUAUUUUUUUCUUUUUGCUGUUUUAGCUGUGAAAGCUGUAACCUGGAUCAUGGUAGGGGGAGGGUUAACAGUUUUGGAAAAGCAAAAUACAUGUACAGCUAUUUGUGACGUUUUGACGGGUUAUGGACAAUUAUCAUGAUUGUUUUAGUUACAGACUGAGAAGGCACUCAUGGC